AUGUGGACAAUUAAACAAGUGAACAUGAACUUUGAAGCUGUUGGAAAGAAAAGGCUAUUGGAUAUCAUUAAACUAGAGGAGAUUAGGCAAAAUGCCUAUGAAAAUGCUGCAAUUUACAAGGAAAAUACCAAAGGAUGGCAUGGAAGAAUUAUAUUGCAGCGACAAUUUAUCGUGGGUCAACAAGUUUUAUUAUUCAACUCUAAACUGAAAUUGCACCCGGGUAAAUUCUGCUCUCAUCGAUCUGGACCUUUUGAAGUUGUCGAAGUAUUUCCUCAUGGUGCAGUCACAAUUAGAGAUUUAAAUGAUGGACACCAAUUCAAAGUGAAUGGUCAGUGA